UAUUUGAAUCAUUAUUUUUUUCCCUAAAAAAUAUACGUCGUGUGAUUUAAACUGUUUGAAAUCAGAUAUGGACUUGCAAGUUUUACGGUCAGACAUGUUCUUCAUUCCGCUGAUAUGUGACCAUUUCAGCACCAUGGUCAUGGACAGCUGAAAGAGGCUGUAAAUCAGUGGGUGUCUUGUAGUUUGCCAUAUUAGCUUAGUUUAAAUUCAUACACAUCUUACUGUCAUGUUGGUUUACAUGGUCAUUAAUACUUAGGCCGAUAUGUGUUGAUAUAGAAUGAUAGUGCUGCAUUUGAUCCCAUGCAGAUUUAAACCAGCCCAAAUAUCUUGUAAUAAUUUUCGUGUUCUGUAGUUCAGUGAAUUUAACUCAGAGGGACGCUGUUGGUCAGUGUGUUACAGUUUUAGAGCACAUUUGCAGCAAUACCUCCCCCAUCAUCUCCGUACAUGAGAGAGAGAAAGAGCCACACGUAGAGCGCACAGUCCGGGUUACAGAGAACACUAAGCACCGAGACACCGAGCUGAGAUUCUUUUGUUCUGGAGAUACGGAUUAUUGGUAGAACAUUUUGUUAUUUUCUCGGUUUACAUUUGAAGGAAAUAUACUAUUAUCACAACUGAUUAUAUGGUGUUUGUUGUGUCAUGGUGAAGGGAAAAUAUCGGACAGGACAAUGACACGGCAAGUACUGUUGUUUAUCUCGGUCCUCUCUCUCAGUUCAGUACACGGGCAGGUUAGUUACUCCAUUCCCGAGGAAAUGGCGAAAGGCUCUUUAGUCGGUAACAUCGCGCAGGAUCUGGGUUUAGAUAUAAAAAGACUGAAAUCAGGUAAAGCUCGUAUUUAUACUGGAGACAGUGCAGAAUACAUCGAGCUGAAUAAAGAAAGGGGAGUUCUCCUCAUCAAAGAGAGAAUAGACCGUGAAGAGCUCUGCGGACAGACAACGCCUUGCGCUUUACAUUUUCAGAUUAUUCUAGAGAACCCGAUGGAAUUUUUUAGUAUUACGGUUGAAAUAACAGAUAUUAAUGAUAAUGCUCCCAGUUUCGAAAAAAAUGAAAUGAAAUUCAAAAUCAGUGAGUCUGCUGUGACAGGGGCUAAAUUCUUAUUAGAGAGGGCGAUGGAUUCUGAUGUUGGCGUUAACGGCCUACAGAGCUAUUCCCUUACGCAAACCGACCAUUUUGCCAUAAAACUAAAAGAUCAGCCAGAUGGAGGGAAAAUGGUUGAAAUGGUUCUACAGAAGCCUCUCGAUCGAGAAAAAGAGGAGGAAAUUUCCCUUGUAUUGACAGCUACGGAUGGAGGCGAUUCUCAGAUGUCUGGGACUGCACAGAUCCAUAUCACUGUGCUGGACGCCAACGACAAUGCCCCUGUCUUUACACAGCCAAUAUACAAGGCUACCAUUACUGAGAAUUCCCCUAAAGGAUCAGUUGUAGCUGCAGUAAGCGCAUUUGACGCUGAUAAAGGCGCACAUUCUAAGAUAACAUAUUCAAUUUCAAACACAAUUGCUGAUGUGCGAGACAUUUUUGAAAUAAAUGAAUUCGACGGACAUUUGAAAGUAAAAGAAAAUGUUGAUUAUGAAAAGGCCCAUCACUAUCAGAUACAUGUUCAGGCCAGUGAUGACGGUGGGCUGACUGAUUCGUGUAAAAUAAUUCUUGACGUCAUUGAUAUAAAUGACAACAAACCAUCUAUUAAUAUUAUGUCCAAGACUAACGUCAUAACAGAAGAUUCUAUACCCGGUACUGUAGUAACUAUGAUUAAUGUACAAGACCCAGACUCAGGUGAAAAUGGUCAAGUACAGUGUUCGAUAAACAACAAUAUUCCAUUUACAAUUAAAUCAACGACGAAUAAUUUCUUUACUUUAGUAACAGACAGUGACUUGGACCGAGAGAGAGCCUCUGAGUAUAACAUCAGUGUGACGUGCUCUGAUGAGGGAGUUCCCUCGCUCUCCAGCAGCGUCACUCUCACCUUACAGAUAUCAGAUGUGAAUGACAACGCGCCUGUCUUUGAGAGGAGCUCAUAUGAGGCCUACAUUAUAGAAAACAACACACCGGGCCUCUCUAUAUUCACAGUGAAAGCCAGAGACGCUGACUGGAACCAGAAUGCCCGUGUUUCUUAUAUACUGGAGGACUCAUCGGUUAACGGAGGGCCCGUCUCCUCAUAUGUGUCCGUUAGUGCUGAUAGUGGAGUCGUCCAGUCAGUGCGCUCUUUUGACUACGAGCAGAUCAAGGAUUUCCAGUUCCGUGUAAAAGCGCAGGAUGGAGGCUCUCCUCCACUCAGUAGCAAUGUGACUGUGAAAAUAAUGAUCCAGGACCAGAACGACAACACGCCUCAGGUUCUGUAUCCAGUCCAGACUAGCAGCUCUCUGGUGUCUGAAAUGGUGCCUCGUUCAGCAGAUGUGGGAUAUCUUGUCACUAAAGUGGUGGCUGUUGAUGUGGACUCUGGACAGAAUGCCUGGCUCUCGUAUAAACUGCAGAAAGCGACAGACAGGGCGCUGUUUGAAGUGGGCUUACAGAAUGGAGAAAUAAGAACUAUACGCCAAGUCACUGAUAAAGAUGCUGUGAAACAAAGGCUCACUGUUGUAGUGGAGGACAACGGACAGCCCUCUCGUUCAGCUACAGUCAAUGUUAACGUGGCGGUGGCGGACAGCUUCCCUGAAGUGCUCUCGGAGUUCACUGACUUUACGCACGACAGGGAGUACAAUGACAACCUGACUUUUUACUUAGUCUUGGCUUUGGCUGUAGUCUCCUUUCUCUUUAUCGUAUCCAUCAUAGCCAUACUGUCAGUGAAAUGCUACAGAUGGAGACGCGAGCAAAUGUUUUACAAAUCCAAUGGGAAUCUCCCAGUUAUUCCAUACUACCCGCCCCUUUACGCAGACGUGGGAGGCACAGGAACUCUGAGACAGGUGUAUAAUUACGAUGUGUCUGGAACGACUGACUCCAGAAAGAGUGAUAUGAAAUACGUCAGACCUGACAGUCAGAGCAUCAUUAGUCUGGACGGAACACAGACACUCCCCCACGCGCAUAGGGACACGCUGAUCAAUGACGAUUCAGACAGUCAGCAAAAGCCUCCUAACGCCGACUGGCGCUUCACCCAAGGCCAGAGACCUGGACCCAGUGGGGCUGGAGGCCCCCCUGAAAUGGCCAUGGGAACUGGACCCUGGCCCAACCCCCCCACCGAGGCUGAGCAGCUCCAAGCCCUGAUGGCCGCCGCCAACGAAGUGAGCGAAGCGACCGCCACCCUGGGGCCAGGCACCAUGGGUCUAAGCACCCGUUACAGCCCCCAGUUCACCCUGCAGCACGUGCCCGACUACCGUCAGAACGUCUACAUCCCCGGCAGCACGGCCACCCUGACCUCCAACCCCCAGCAGCAGCAGCAGCAACAGCAGAUGCUGAUGCAGCAGCAGAUGGCAGCCCAACAACAGGCCCUGCAGGCUCAGCCCUCCGAGGCCUCGGCUCAGCCUGAACCCCCCAAGGCUGCCCAGACCCCCGCCUCCAAGAAGAAGUCCACCAAGAAGGAGAAGAAGUAGGAUGGAUGGAAGGACGAACGAUGAAUGGAUAGAUAUGGAGUAUACGAUGAGAAGAGAACGACCCGAUGAGAAAUUAAAUUUAACCACAGGAGGCUGCUGAGGGGAGGAAUGCUCGUAAUGGCCGGAACAGAGCGAAUGGAAUGGCAUCAAAGACAUGGAAACCAUGGAAACCAUGUGUUUGAUACCAUUCCUCUCCAGCCAUUACCACAAGCCUGUCCUCCCCAAUUAAAGUGCCACCAACCUCCUGUGAAUUCAACCCUUGCUCACCCCCACUUUUCCAAACAAUGCGUUUACUCUAACCAUGGUUGGAAUUGUAUUGGUCUCGCUCAUAUGAUAACACAAAAUAUGGAGAUGGUUUGGGAAUGUUUGUUUUUGGGCUCUUGAAUCUGGAAAGGGUUGAAGGUUUGCAAACCGCAUGGACAUUUUGUUUUUGUUUUCUUUCUGAAGGCUAACUAGAAACGGUUGUUUUUGUUUUCUUUCUGAAGGCUAGCUAGAAACGGUUGUUUUUGUUUCCUUUCUGAAGGCUAGCUAGAAACGGUUGUUUUUGUUUCCUUUCUG